AUGACUGAAUUGAAAGCAAAUCAAAUCACCGACAAUGGACAAAUAAUAAAAGAAGUGCGAAUUUCAUUCACCGGCCAUCGAUUAUGUGGAAGUGGAAGAUUCUCAAAUGUCUAUAAUUGCAAAUUAAUCACCCCAUAUCAAAAAGAAGUUGCAAUUAAGAAUGUUUGGUCUGACACGAUUCAAAAAUCGGCCGAGGAAUAUGUUGAAAUUCAAAUUUUAUCGACGUUAUAUCAUCCGGCGCUGGCUAAUCUUCUAUUUUAUUAUUCACAGAAAGUUGAGGAGAGAAAUAUACAUUGUUUGGUGUUGGAAUUUAUGCCGCAGGAGAUGUCGAAACUUCGGGAGAAGGGCGUGAAAUUUGAUGUGUUGGAUGCAAAGGUGAGUGGGAAUUUUGAGCCAAAAACCAUGAAAAUCAGUUUUUUGGUGUCGGGGACUAGUUUUCCGAGUGAAUUUUCUAGUCCCUGACUUCUAACAAGGUUUUCUGAGGCAAAAUUUGAGAAAAUCAAGAGUUUUCGAGCUAAAAACCAUAAAAUGAGCCAGGGACUAGUUUUCCAAGUGAUUUUCUAGUCCCUGAUAAGGCUUAGAGCACGUUUUCGUCUCUGGGACAUCGUAGCAAGACUAAUCUUCGGAUUUUGAGCCGAAAACCAUGAAAAUCAGUGUUUUUAUGUUGGGGACUAGUUUUCCGAGUGAAUUUUCUAGUCCCUGGCCUCAAAAUGAACCAAUUUCAAAAAAUAGCGAGGAAAAUGAAGAGGCGCAGAGAUUUAUGUGUGCCAGGCUUGCAAAAAAUGUGUGCGCUAGUUGCAUUUAGGCCACGCCCACUCAAAAUUGAAUAUAUUUUUCAGAUCUACACAUUUCAAUUGUUUUGCGCGGUGGCUUACUUGGAUUUAAUGAAAAUUGCACAUUUGGAUAUCAAACCGCAGAAUAUUAUUUUGAAUGUUGAGGUGAGGUUUGAAAAAAAUAAUUGUAGGGCUUGAAAAAUCGAUAAAUUUUGCUUUAUAAUAAAAUUUUGAGUACAAAAAAUCCUAUGAAAAAAAAGUGGAAAGGGAUUAAUUUUUUACCGGAUUAGAGUUUUUGUCCUGGGAAUUUCAGUUUUUUUCCAGCUCGGACUUUUGAAACUCGCCGAUUUCGGAAAUGCUCGUCGCCUUAACACAUCGGAAAAAAUGGGAGUUUCCUAUCAAGUCACAAGAUUCUACAGACCGCCCGAGUUGCUUUUUGGAUCGAAUCAGUUUUCGUCAGCGAUUGGUGGGUAUUUUUCUGGUUUAUCAGGAUGGGGAGGGGAGGAGUUAGCCUAACUCAACUUUGAAUUUGAGUUAUGACGUGGCAAAGUUUUGCAAAUUCCGUGAGAGCAAAAUUAUUAGAAACUGUGAAAAUUAUGAUAAAAUUUUGAAACAGUAGAUUUUUUCAAGGAAAAUUUUUGCUCAAAAAUGCAGGCAAAAAUGUUGAGUCAACAAAUUUUAGCUGAAGUUUCAGUCAAAAAUUUUAAGAUUAUGAUUUUCCAGAAAAAAAAUUUCAGCCAACAAAUUUCAGUAGGGCAAUACUUUCAAGGAGUUUGAAAAAUGAAGAUCAAAAUUAUUAGAAACUGUAAAAAAUAUCAUACAAUUUUGAAACAGUAAAUUUUUUAAAGAAAAUUUUUGGCUCAAACAUUCAAGCAAAAAGGUUGUGUCAACAAAUUUGAGCUGAAAUUUCAGCCAAGAAUUUUGAGACUGUAAUUUUCAGCUCCAGAAUUAGCAGCUGACAGUUUUCAGCCAAGAAAUUUCAGCAAAAUUAUUAGAAACUGUAAAAAAUAUCAUAAAAUUUUGAAACAGUAAAUUUUUUUCAAGCAAAUUUUUGCUCAAAAAUUCAGGCAAAAAAGUUGAGUCAACAAAUCUAAGCUGAAAUUUCAGUCAAGAAUUUUAAGACUAUAAUUUUCCAGCAAAAAGUUUUCAGCCAACAAAUUUCAGUAGAGCAAUACUUUCGAGGCAUUGAAGGAACAAGCAAAAUUUUUAGAAACUGUGAAAAAAAUGAGAAAAUUUUGAAACAGUAAAUUUUUCAAGCCAACAAAAAAUUCAGUUUAGAAUGUUUCAAAGCUCUGAAAGUGAAUCUUGUCCUCAAAAUCCACGUGGCAAAAAUUUUCAAAAUUCAAAAUUUCAGACGUCUGGUCAGCUGGUUGUGUGAGUUUCGAAUUUUUCGCCAAUCACACAUUAUUCAAGGGAAAAGAUACGGUAGAUCAAAUGAAUCUGGUGAUUACUGUAUUGGGAUAUCCGACAGAUGAAGAUGUUCGAAGUAUGGGAGUGAAAAGGCCGAGAGUGGCGAAAAAGGUUGCGAGAGGAUUGGAACAGGUUGGGAAUGGGUUUUGGGGAUGGGUUUUGGGUGAAAUUGGGUUUUCUUUGGAGAUCCUCAUAGUUUUUGGUGAUUUUUUAUUCACUGUUUCAAAACAUUCACGAGUUAAAGGAAUGUUUUAGAUAAAUAUUUUGAUUUCUUCUCUUGCUAUGUACAGAAAAAACUCACUGUUUCAAAAAUAUAUUGAAUAACAUUUUUGACAUAUGUAGAAUAUUAUUCUAGGAUUUGGAAUAUAUAAUUUUAAUAGAUUUCGUGAAACAAAAUUGAUGAAAUUUAAAAGUAUAAAAUCCACUGUUUCAAAACUUUCAGAAAAUUCUUGGAUUAGCUAUUUUGGUGAUUGAUUACAAAGACCAUUUCUACAAAAAAAUCUGACUAAGUUUUGUGAAACAAAUUUCAAUUCUUCAAACGAUAAAAAUCACUGUUUCAAAAAUUCAUUUUAAUUUUUUUCACAAAUUUUCAGUGUUGUGAUUUCUGUUGUUUUGUGAAAUUUAUAAUUCUAGAUUAAAAUUCAUAGACCUAUUUUUUUUUCUCUUAAUUGAACAUUCAAAAAAAAAUUCACUGUUUCAAAAAUUUCUUAUUUUUCUUGAAAUUUUUAAACUUAGCUGACAAUCCUUAUUACCACCGACUAAACAAAAAUUGGAGAUCCUGAUUCAAAAUAAUAAAAAAAACUCACUGUUUCAAAAUUUUCAGAAAAAAAUUCUUGGAAUAGCUAUUUUAAUAUAAUACUUGUCUAAUUAAUUCAAAAAUUACAAAAAAAAUUAAAUUAUCCUGAUGUAAAAAUUCACUGUUUCAAAGAAAUCAUAUUCUUUUAUUGUAAAUUUUUCGCUAAUGGUCGAGAGCAUUUUAUUGUGAAAAUUAAAAUAGACUCAUUUUUUCUCUCAAAAAAGUCACUGUUUCAAAAUUUUCAAAAAAUAAAGUUCUUGGAAUAUCUAUUUUAAUACCUCGAGUAUGAUGCACUCAAAAAAUUACAAAAAAAAAUUAAAUUAUCCUGAUGGAAAAAUUCCCUGUUUCAAAAAUAAAUGAUUUUUCUUGAAAUUUUUUGACACUAAUUUUUGAUAAGCUAUAACUCUUUCUAUUAUUAGACUAAACAAAAACAUAAACAUCCUGAUCCAAAAUAAUAAUAAAAACUCACUGUUUCAAAAUUUUUAAAAAUAAAAUUCAUGAAAUAGCUAAUUCAAUACUACUUGUCUAAUUAAUGCAAAAAUUAUUUAAAAAAAAAGAAAUUUUCCCGAUGAAAAAAUUCACUGUUUCAAAAAUCACUGAUUUUUCUUGAAAUUUUUAAAUUUUGCUAGAAUUCUUUUUUAUUGAUUGACUUAACAAAAUAUGGAGAUCCUGAUUCAAAAUAAUAAAAAAACUCACUGUUUCAAAAUUUUCAGAAAAAAAUUCUUGGAAUAGCUAUUUCAAUAAUAAUACUUGUGUAAUUAAUUCAAAAAUUAUUGAAAAAAAAAGAAAUUAUCCUGAUGGAAAAAUUCACUGUUUCAAAGAAAUCAUAUUCUUUGAUUGUAAAUUUUUCGCUAAUGGUCGAGAGCAUUUUAUUGUGAAAAUUAAUGUGGACUCAAUUUUUUUCUCAAAAAAUCACUGUUUCAAAAUUUUCAAAAAUAAAGUUCUUAGAAUAUCUAUUUUAAUACUUCGAUGCACUCAAAAAAUUACAAAAAAAAAAUAAAUUAUCUUGAUGACAAAAUUCACUGUUUCAAAAAUCACUGAUUUUUUCUUGAAAUUUUUUGAUACUAAUUUUUGAUAAGCUAUAACUCUUUCUAUUAUUAGACUAAACAAAAACAUAAACAUCCUGAUCCAAAAUAAUAAUAAAAACUCACUGUUUCAAAAUUUUUAAAAAUAAAAUUCAUGAAAUAGCUAAUUCAAUACUACUUGUCUAAUUAAUGCAAAAAUUAUUUAAAAAAAAAGAAAUUUUUCGGAUGAUAAAAUUCACUGUUUCAAAGAAAUCAUAUUUUUUUAUUGUCAAUUUUUCGCUAAUGUUUUAGAAUUUUCUUAUUGAAAUUAAAGUGGACUCAAUUUUUUUUCUCAAAAAAAUCACUGUUUCAAAAAAAUUUUGUUACAGUACACAAGUAAUUGUUUGGAAGGAGUUGUCUAUGAUUAUCUCAAAUCAAUAAUAAUAAUCGAUCCAAAAAAGCGAAAAACAGCUUCGCAAAUUCUCAAACUUCCAAUUUUCGAUGUUAUUCAAAUGAGACCUCGAGAAAUUCGAAAUUCUGGAAAACCAAUUCCAGAAUUAGAACAUUUGCUGAAAAUGGAUUAUAGAAGGGAAGAUUCGAGUUCUGAGGAGAGUUCUGAUAAGUAA